AUGGCGACCGCCAGGAAGAGCCCGGUCACCGCGGCAGCUGCCGUUCUCCUGUUGCUUAUCGUAGCCGCCGCCGUUGGCCCGGCGUCAGCCAGCACCCUAACGCUUUACGGCUUGCUCGGCUGCAGGCGACCCAUACCUGGGCGAUGUGGUGUGUGCUACAACAUAGGCCCCCUCUACAAAGGCUACUUCUUCAACUACUUCGGGGGCCAGUGCGGCAGGUUCUACUACGGGUUCAACUGCCAAGGCCGCUACGACGUCAUCUGCCGGAGCAUCCGCUGCUGCCAGACCCCCUGCCGAUAUAAAAGCGUUUUUAUACCAUGCUAG